AUGGCCUCCUCGGAAAUUGACGACUUCUUGGCGGGUCCACUGGUCACCUGGUUUGUUAGCUGUUUGGAGGAUCCCAAUGUAUUAGCAAACUAUGAGGACUUAGUGGAUGGAGUCUUGUUGCAUAGCGUCUUCCUGCAAAUUAAUCCAGAACCAUUGCAUGAUGAAAUAGUGCCGUCCAAUAACAAUCCUGUUAUUCGUAUGAAAAAUUUAAAAACCAUGAUACAGAACAUAAAGCAGUUUUAUGAAGAGGAAUUGGAUCAUGUGAUUUUAAAAUUACCUGACAUUGCAAAUUUGGGAAAGGAGCCUGAGUUGUAUAUAGCGGAUAUGAAGUUAUUGCUGUUGUUACUUCUAGGAUGUGCUGUACAGUGUCCUAAUAAGGAAAAGUUUAUUACCAACAUAAAAGCUCUACAUGUUGACAUGCAGCUUGCGAUAGUCGAGUGCAUUAAACAGGUUACAGAUCAUCAAGACAUAGUCAUUACACAGGAUGCUAUGGAAAAUGCAAAUAUGGGUUAUCUAUUUGUCCAGAUUAAAAAAUGGAUUCAAGAAUUGGAUUUAUAUCGAGAGAAAUGGAGGGAUACAGUGUUAGACGAUAGCAUUGAACGAAACGAUUCAUCUAUCAGUGCGGAAUCUGAAGAUAUAAAUAAGGUGCAACAAUCUCACUCUGUUACAAAAACGGAAAGAGAGGAUAAUCACCAUUAUGCGGUUGAAUUGGCUGACUGGAAAUCUAAAGUUCGGAAACAACGUCAAGAAUUAGAGGAGAAAACGGAAGCUCUACUUGAAUGUAAGGAAGAACUGGAACAUAAUAAAACGUUGCUUGUAAAACUAAGACAAGAGAAUCAAGAAUUGAUGCACGAAGCUCGUACUGCUAAAUCAUAUAGGGAUGAAUUGGAUGCUGUGAUUGAAAGAGCAGACAGAGCGGAUCGGUUAGAAAUAGAAGUAACGCGAUAUAGAGAAAAACUUACGGACAUUGAAUUUUAUAAAACUCGAAUAGAAGAGCUACGUGAAGAUAACAGAGUUUUAAUGGAGACUAGAGAAAUGCUUGAAGAACAAUUAAGCUCAUCAAGAAACAGAGCAGAUAAAGUAUUGGAGCUUGAAUCUGAAAUUAUUAAGUAUAAGCAGUUACUUAACGAUAUGGCAUUGGAACGUGCUGCUGACAAAGAAAAAUAUCAAGAGCUUGUUGAAGAAAAUACGCAACUGCAUCAAUUAACGAAAGCUGCUGCUAGCGAAGCUGCAUUAGCUGGAUCUAGUGACUCUGAAGAACCAGUGCAUAAUGAUAAUAGAUUGUCUGAACAAUUAACAAGCAAUGCUCAAACGCGGGCAUUAAAAUUAGAAUUGGAAAAUCGCCGUUUAAACACUUUAAUUGAUUCACUGAAAGAAAGUUCUUUCCAUGAAAAUUCCUCUCGCGUUUUGGAGUUAGAAAAGGAAAAGAAGAAGCUUUCGUUAAAGAUUGAAUCAUUGAAUGAUAACAAAGACAGACUUGUACAACAAAACACUGACUUGGAAUUAGUCUGCAAGCAAGCAUUAGAAGAAAAUAAGAAACUUCAAAACACUCUUAAAAAUCAACGAACUUCUUUCGAGAAGCAACAACAAGAAGUCCAAACCCACCACGUAAAAAUGAUGGAAUUGGAGAAAAAUUAUGAUAUCGCAGUGAAAGAGAAGCAACGUGUUCAACUGUUAUUGGAGAGCGUGCAACGACGCGCUGAUGAUUUAGAACGCACUCUGGAAACGACAAAUCAAAAAGUUGAGGAAUUAAAACUCAUCGAAAAUAAUAUUAAUGAUAUUAACUCUAAGUGCCUUGAUUUUGAAACAAGAUUAACGGCAACAGAGAAAGAGAAAGAUAUUGCACAACGCGAUAUUCAUAAAUGCAGAGAAACAAUUGAGGAAAAAGAUGUAGCCUUAGAUAAAGCAACAAAUACAAUUGAAGUUUUGGAAAGGAAAGUAGUGCAACUUGAACAGGAGUUGCAAGAUUGCGUUACACAGAUAUCGAGAUUGCAAGAAAUUGAGCGAUCCAGCAAAGAGCUUGAUUCACGAGCUGCGAUCGAUAGAGAAACUUUAGAGAUACUUCAAUCUAAUCUCGUCGCAGAAAAGCUAAGCAAUCAACAGUUGUAUACGGUUUUAGAAAAACUCGGUCUUAGCGACAACAUAUUGCUGUCCCAAUCUCUGGAAACUAUAUUGGAAAGAAUUGCUCAAAUACCAGAAGUCAUAAAUUAUAUUAAAAAAUCUUUUGUAUCGGAGAGCAAUGAGGAAACGACGUCUAAAUCCGCAGCCAGCACCGACAAAGAAAGCGAUGUUAAUAAGACCUUGGAGACCGUGAUAGAACCUUUAAAGAGAGAACUAGAACACUUGCAAAUAAAGGUAUCGGCAUCAGAAACGGCAAUGGAGCAUUUAUUGUCCGAGAAUGCGAAACUUCAGGUUCACAUAACGACAUUACAAUCGCAAAGCAAUUCGUUAACCGCACAACAUACUGCACUACAAUUGGCCAAUUCACAGCUUGUUGCAGAGAAAGAAGAGCUCUUGAAAGAACGUAGCACACAGCAGAACAUAUAUUCCGCGUUACUUCACGAUCAAAACACUUUACAAUCGUUGCAUGAGCAAUUGAACAACGAAUACGAGAAUCUACGUCGCGAACGGGACGCUCUUAAAUCGAAUUUAAGAGAUGUAAAGAAUGAAAUCAGAACAUUACGUGAGACUUGUGAGAGAUUAGAAACAAGAAGUGAAACAUUGCAGUCCGAACGAGAAGCCUUGAUUAAUAACACGAAAAGCUUGAAUAAUUUGCGAGGAGAACAUUCAAAGUUGAAGGAUGACUUCAGAAAUUUAUAUACUGCAAGUGAAAGGUUGAAAGCAGAGUAUAGAAACUUACAAGAUGAUUAUAGGAAGAAUAAAAUCGAAAUGAAUCGCCUGAGCUUAAAACAGACUGAAAUGCAGGGCGAACUUAGUGUCAAAGACGAACAGUGCUCGGAUUUAAAAUUGGAAGUCAAUAGCCUUCACGAACGAUGUGAUAGGCUGCUAGAAAUGAACUCUGGAUUGGAUAAUGACAGACGUUCCUUAAUGGAACAUAUAAGCUUAUUAUUUACACAAUACCACGAACUUUUAACACAUUCGCUUCAAGAUAAGGAACAUUAUCACAUGGAAGAAAAACUGUUUGCGGAUAAAGUUAAUCAUUUGUACAGACAAAAGGAGAAACUGGAAGACAAAAUUAUGGAACACUACAGAAAAUUGAAUAGCUGCACUACCAAGAAAAAAGGUUUUGGAGCCAGUUUAGUUCGCAGAGUCAGGAAAGCUGGAUCGGAGCUUCUCAAUAAGAAUCGACGUUCAUGGGCCGAAGAUUCCAAACAAUCAGACAGUAAAACGUACGAGUCGGACACAGGCGGGAACGAUUCAGACGCGAGCACCGACGAUUAUCGUUUACCCGGACCAAGCAGAGUCUUUGGAUCAGACGCGCUUGGACAUGCUGGAACCAGAAGAACGGUAUACUAUACUGACGAUUCUCCACCAUCAUCCGCUUCAUUACCUGCGGACAGGCUGCUAAGCGAGUCCUUCCAGGAACAAGGAGACAGUGCCGCACAUAUGGAGACGAACUUAAAACCAGAAACGCAAGCUGAGUCACGUCCUUUUUUAAUCUACAAUAAAGUAUCGGCAGUCAUAAACGAAUCCAAGAACAUCAGUAGUCCAAUAAAGGAUGUAGCACAAGAUGAGGCGCUCGCAGAACCCAAUGACAAAGAGCCAAAGACUGGCAGUCCGAUAUGGUAUGAGUAUGGUUGUGUAUAAACUUCCAUGUCUUUGAUGCUUCCUUUAGUAGGUACGAAAUAGGAAGAGGGAAAGAAAGAAAAAAAGUGUUUUUAUAUGUACAUUCUCUCAUUUUUCCAAUUUACAAGAAAGUUUAUAUAUAUACAUAUAAGCAUCUCUCCGCUGAUUUUGAUGUAUAUUUUUCCUUGUUAAUACAUUAAUCGCACUAUUUUGUACUCUGUAUAAUGGACGAAAACUAACACAAUAUGCUACAAGUAUACACUUGUUCAAAAGACUUGCAAAAAAAGAAACGAAUUACAGAAAGUAUUAUAUAUACUAAAGAUUUAUAUUAUAUAGCUUUAGUAAAUCAUAAUUAUUUGACGCAUCGCUCCCGAAAUUACAAAGUAGAUUUAAGAAUAGAGCGCCUACAAGUUCCUAAAAAGCUAUUUGUGUUGAGAUAAGUCGAAAAAAUAUUUUUAUCAUUGACUCGAUUUGAAAAUUUAUCGUGUGAUGUGUUCUUUUUAUCUCAUGAAUCUUUAAUCAAAAUCUUUCUGCAAAUAAAAUUUUUAUAAUUUUAUUCUAUUUGCGAAUAAAAAAAAUUGGAUGUAAAUCAUACUAAUAUAUGAUUCUCGAAAAUGAUCAUAAAAACAUGAGAUCAGAUAAAAGUAAUUAUAGCAUGCUUGCCUUUAACAUUUAACUGAUUUUAUUUUUACACAUUUACAUGUACGAUGCAUACUCGAAACUUUUGGUUAUGUAUUGUUCACUAUUUAACGUUUUCUACCUAUUGUCGAUGCGUAGGUAGAAUUCUUACGUUUAUUCUUAUGUUCUUCAAAAAGAUAAAAAAAAUUUUUCUUUUUGUAGACGCUGAGACUAAUAUAGUUGACAAGAGCUUAUGCUGAUAAUAUAAUAUAAUAGCAUAAGUAUGCAAUUUGCUUUUGCAGUUACAUCGAUUACCUCUUUAUCACUCGUCUUAUCAUAUCGUAAUAAGCUAAUAGAUUAUUUUCUACAUUUUGAUAACUUAUACUUUUAUAGUGAUUGUGUGUGUGUGUGUGUGUGUGUGCGUGCGCGCGCGCGCGUGUGUGUGUGUGUGUUAAGUAUAUAUAGACAUAGUAUCUAUACACUUUUUGUGUCUUGAAGUUUUGUCAAGUGAAGAUCUUGCGCAAGAACAUAAUUGAGUACUUAAUAAUUCAGUAUUGCAUAAUAUUUUUUUUAUCAUAUUGCUAUUUUCCCGAGCACUGCCUUCUAAUGUUGUCUUCCUGUGAAACAAAAUACGAUCAUUACGAUCGUAUCGUGAUACGAUUUGUAAUUACAAUUCCAUUACAUCAUUGCAUAUUAAAUAAAAACAAAGCUCUUAAAGUGAUAUAA